CUCAAGAUGGCGGCGUCCAGUGGGCUGGAAGCUGCGUCUGGGCUUUGCUGGGACUGAUUCGCUUCCCCGCUCCGUUUUGGGGCGCAGAGUGUCGCGAGCUGGGGGGACGGGGGCCGGGCGGGGACGGGGCACCCGCGUAGCUGGGCCACGAGCCCGCGCCCAGCCUGCGCCGCCCCCCACCCGGCCCCGGCCCGGCCCAACUAACUCCCAGCUGUCUGUCUGUUCCUGGUCUCCCCUUGAUCACACACAUCAACCUCUGUCCUGCUAUGGAGACCACCACCAGGCCUUGACCACUGAAGCUCCUCUUCCAUCUUCGAUUCACCUCGACUUUGGACAUGCUUGGCCUUUUUUCCUUCGAAAGAGCCCGCCGUUAAGUUGCUUCCUCCUUCCUCAGAUUCUUGAUUCUUCUCCCCAACUCAGAGAUGACUCUUUUCUCUUCGACAUUUCUCCUGAAGACACUCCCCACCAAUUUGGAAUCCUUUCUCAGUAUUGACGAGUGACCUUGACAUCUGAUCCUCCUCGACUUGGAGCCAGGUCUUCCUUCGCCCUACUCUCCAUAUAACUCCACUAACCAUGGAGGCCUUGUACCUGGUGGUGAAUGGGGUGGGCCUGGUACUGGACGUGCUGACUUUGGUUCUGGACCUCAACUUUCUGCUGGUGUCUUCCCUGCUGACUUCUCUGGCCUGGCUGCUGACGUUUAUCUACAACCUGCCUCAUUCGGUACUGACUGGCCUCCUGCAAUUGGGCCGCGGAGUCCUGUUUUCGUUGCUGGCCUUGGUCGAGGCCUUCGUUUGCUUCACCUGUGGGGGCUUGCAGGCUCUGUGUACUUUACUUUACAGCUUUUAUUCUGGCCUGGAGAGUCUAAAGCUUCUGGGGCACUUGGCCUCUCACGGGGCGCUGCGGAGCCGGGAGCUUCUCCACCGAGGGAUCUUCAACGUGGUCUCCAGUGGACAUACCUUGCUGCGCCAGGCAGGCGAUGUCUGCACCAUUGCUAUGAGCCUGGUGGCCUACGUCAUCAACAGCCUGGUCAACAUCUGUCUCAUUGGCACCCAGAACCUCUUUGCCCUGGUGCUGGCUCUAUGGGAUGCAGUGAUGGGGCCAGUGUGGAGGAUGACAGAUGUGGUGGCUGCCUUCCUGGCCCACAUGUCCAGCAACGCUGUUGCCAUGGCUAUCCUCCUCUGGAGCCCCUGCCAGCUGGCCCUGGAGAUGCUGGCCUCAGCCUCUCGCCUCCUGGCCAGCUUCGUGCUUGUCAAUCUCACCGGCCUCCUGCUGCUGGCCUGCGUGCUGGUGGUGCUUCAUCCCGACUUCAUCCUGAGGCUCACCACUCGGAUACUUGGGCAGCUCCAAGCCCGGCCAUCCUACCACAGGCUUCGAGAGGACGUGGUGCGGCUGUCUCGCUUGGUCCUGAGUGUGGAGGCCUGGCACCGUGUUUGGAGCCGCAGCCUGCAGCUGGCUAGCUGGCAAAACCGGGGAGGAGCCCCAGGAGCCCCCCAGGGUAGCCCGAGGAGGAUUCCCCAGGCCAGGACCUGGCGACCUGACUCUCCUCCUGAAGCAGGGCCCUCUGCUGAGCCAGCAGAGGAGGAAGGGAGGCAGACCCGCUGUGGUCGUAGGAGGCUCAAUGAGGAGGAACCUGAUGUGGGGCAGGACCCGUGGAAGUUGCUUAAGGAGCAGGAGGAGAGAAAGAAGUGUGUCAUCUGCCAGGACCAGAGCAAGACCGUGCUGCUGCUGCCCUGCCGGCACCUGUGUCUAUGCCAGGACUGCACCGAGAUCCUCAUGCAGCACCCGGUCUUCCAACGCAACUGCCCGCUGUGCCGCCGGAGCAUCUUGCAGACCCUCAACGUCUACCUCUGAAGCAGCCAUCGCUGCCCUAGCCCACUGCGUCCUCAGCAGACAGGGAUAGGUCUGCAGCAGCGUGGGGACGUGGUCAGCUACCAGCCACGCCUCCCAUACCGCCCCAGGAGAUGGAAUGGUCCCUUGACCCGAAUUUGCUGUCCUGCCCAAAGAGUCCUGGUGCUGCUGAGGGCGGUGAGUGCGGCACUACACCAAACCCUGAGAACUCGGCGGUGGCCUCUGUCUAGGCCACCCAGAUACCAGCUUCAUUGUUCCCCAUCAGGGCUUCUCUUUUUGCUUCAGAGGGGUAGGGGAUCGGCAGGAUCCCUCCUGCUGGAUCCCCACUUUCUUUCCAGCUUCUUCAGCCCAGCACAUAACUGUAUCUGAGUGUUUGGACAACUCCUGGGCUUGAGCAACAUCUUGAAUCUUUGUAUUCAGCCAGAGCCUGGGUUUUAGAGACUCCUCUCUCAGGUACCCCAAUGCCACCACCUCCUCUCGUCCACAUUCCUAGGCCAGGUGCCCUCCUAGCCUGAGCCCACUGCUGGGGCCACCCUGGUGGAGGGGCAUGGACACUAGGCUUUGGGACCAAGAAUCCUCUAGCACCUUGGUUCCACUGGGGGCCUCAGAAGGGGUGCCCAUAUUUCUUACAGCCCUUAUGCUCCCUGCCACAGAGAAAAGCCACAUUCCCCUCUUCUUGACUUUGAUAUUGGGUUACAGAUGGUUCACAUCACUCUGCUCUACAAUGGGUACACAGCUCCCAGGGGCCUGUCACCCUAAUGCUGUGAUUAAAGUUCUGUUGACAGUU